UUGUAAACGCCAGUUUUGCAGAUUGAAUGCUAUUGCAAUGUUUAUUCAUUAGGUAAUAUUAGUCCGUCCCAGAGAACUAAAAAUAUUAUUUUAGUAACUUUCAGGAUAUAAUUAGCAAAAUGCUAAAAUUUUUAACAAGAGGGCGUUCUUCAAGCAAAAGUAGAAACAAACAGGGGCAAAAAAAUACUAACAAUAAGAAUCUAAUACAAUGUAAAGUCUUGUUAUUGGAUGAUACUGAUUUAACUAUAAAUUUGUCCAAAAAAGCUAGUGCCGCUGAACUCUAUGAACAAGUUUUUUAUUCUUUAGAUUUAAUAGAGAAAGAUUAUUUUGGAUUACAAUUCACUGAUACAAAUAAUGUGAAACAUUGGCUUGAUCCUACUAAAACCAUAAAGAAACAGAUAAAGAUUGGCCCUCCUUAUACACUCAGACUUAGAGUUAAAUUUUAUUCUUCUGAGCCUAAUAAUCUUCGGGAAGAGUUGACUCGAUAUCAAUUCUUUUUACAACUCAAAAAAGAUUUACUAGAGAGUAGGUUACAAUGUCCUAAUACUACUGCUGUGGAAUUAGCUGCUUUAUCUUUGCAAUCUGAACUGGGGGAUUAUGAUGACACUGUACACACACCAGCAACAGUGUCAGAAUUUAGAUUUGUACCCAAUCAAAGUGAAGAAAUGGAAAUUGAAAUAUUAGAGGAAUUCAAAAAGUACAAAGGUCUCACUCCAGCUCAAGCUGAAGUCAAUUAUUUGAACAAAGCAAAAUGGCUUGAAAUGUAUGGUGUUGAUAUGCACAUUGUUCUUGGAAAGGAUGGGUGUGAGUAUCGCCUUGGCUUAACUCCUACUGGCAUUCUUGUAUUUGAAGCACAACAGACAAUUGGGCUCUUCUUUUGGCCCAAGAUAACAAAGCUAGACUUCAAGAAGAAGAAAUUAACUCUGAUAGUUGUAGAAGAUGAUGAUCAGGGACACGAACAAGAACAUACCUUUGUUUUUCGAUUACAUAAUGAAAAAGCUUGUAAACAUCUUUGGAAAUGUGCUGUUGAAUAUCACACAUUUUUCCGCCUAAGAGCACCAGUUAAAGGACCAUCAGCUCGUCAAAAUUUCUUCAGAAUGGGUUCGAGAUUUCAGUAUUCUGGUAAGACUGAAUAUCAGACCACACAACAGAACCGUGCCCGUCGUACUGUACAGUUUGAGAGAAGGCCAAGCCAGAGGUUUGCACGUAGACAAAGCCAUGUUUUAAGAGAACGUGAGAAACAAAACAGUACGAAAUCUGAAGUAAAUCCGUCAGAAACUAAUGAUGAAACACACAAUAACUCUGCAGAAACUGCUACCAUUUCUCCAGCUUCAGAUGUUGAUGCACUGUCAAGGAAGAGUAGUGCAAAGUCACAAAAAUCGAAUGUUGAACCUGAUCUAUUAGACACCCAAAAUGAUACAAAACUAUCUUCAGUUUCUGAUCAUGUAGCAGAGCCAAAAGAUAGUUUUACAUCGAUAAAUGAGCAGAGUAAGAUUUCAAGGAUUUUAAAAGGAAACAAUGGCUUAAAACUCUCAGAUCUUGAUACUAAGAUAAGCUCUGAAACAACAAAUGGAAAUAUAUCCGGACCUAACUCACCAAAAGUAUUGGCUGAACCAGCUGUCACCAAUCAGACCGGCUCUGCAUAUGUGUCAAUUGUGGUAGUGGAACCGAAUCAACAAGUAGCUAAUAAAAUUUUACCUACAAAGCAAACGGAAAAGAAAGAGGAAAUAACUCCAAAGUUGCAUACAAUGUCGGCACUUUCUCCAUGGUUGGUAAGUUCUGAGCCGAGUUCUCCUUCAGGUAUUGGUGAGAAGGAGAUUACUAUCAUCCAUCGUAAAUCAGUUAUUACAACACAGCUUUAAUUUACAGCAAGAAAGUAGUAAUACUGUCCCAUAAACUAGUAAUUUUUAUUUUGUUUUUGAAAGAGAUUUAUUCGGGUUAAUUUGGAAUAAUUUAUUUCCUUUAUAAAAUGACAAUAUUGAUGUUAUUUAUUUCUUAUUUUAUGUGAUUUUUAUCGAAAUAUAAGUUUUAGUGCCUUAGAUUUAAUGCCUUAUAAGUGUAAGUGUUAAGGUGCUCGCAAUUAUAUAUAGGAAAAUCGUCUGAUAGUAUUUAGCUUAUGAAUUUAAUGACGAUAAUUAUAUGGUAUGAGAAUCAUUUAAAUGUACUUAAUUUUUAUUAUUAUUUAUCGUUCAUUUUAUACAUUUAUAUCACAACUUAAUUUAGAUUUAGAAAAAUAUUUCCUUAAGUGUGUGUUAUAAGCAUAAGUAUUUAGCAUUUUAUUGAAUGCAUUCAAAGGGACCCAAUAUAACAUUCCAUAUUCUGCUCAAGAUGUCUUGCAAUGAAACCGUCCUAUAAAACUAUAGAAUUAUGGAAAUAAACUACAAUUAAAUAAGUACAAUUUAAUAGAUAUAUUUCAGUAUUAUACCCAUCAGUUAAGGUGCCAUAAACAUGUCAAUUUCCUUCAUUGUAAUCAAUACUCAUUGGA